AUGCCACUCGCAUCAUCCGGGAGAAGGAGUAAAAUCGCAUUAUUCACUUCGACCAUUAUUCGCGUUCAGUCUGGAAAUCAAUCAACAUUACUUAUCGCUCAGUACGAUGUCUCGUUUGAAGAUGCCCAAGAUGUCGUUGAUACCAUCAAAUCGAUCACGAAACAGUGUAGACCAUUUGCAAACCCUCAGACACGCUUCAAUGGGCUCUCUGUUCUACGCAAAAUCGGCAAGACAAUCCUUUUUUUCUUCCAACAAUGCUCUGGGUCAUGA